AUGCGAGGCGGCAAAGGAGGAGCUGCGGCGUCUAAGGCGGCACUUCCGGUGACCGUCGGAUCGGGAUCGGGAACAGAAAUUAGGUUUAGAGGGGUGAGAAAGAGACCAUGGGGUCGAUUCGUUGCAGAAAUUAGAGAUCCAUUGAAGAAGGCCAGGGUUUGGCUUGGUACCUUCGAUUCGGCGGAGGAUGCUGCUCGUGCUUACGACGCCGCAGCUCGGACCCUCCGUGGAGCUAAAGCGAAGACGAAUUUCCCCUUCACGAUUGCGUCAACGGCGCAACAUCAACAAAACCUUAACGAUCGCCAUCCUUUCUUUGACUCCCCGGAGCACGAAAUUAUCGUACCUCAGAGGCCGACGUGUAGCGGUAUGAGUAGCACCGUGGAGUCUUUCAGUGGCCCAAGACCGCUGACGACGGCGGAUGUUGUAUUACCUCGUGUACAUCACCCUCAGAAGCAACCAGCGGCCACCGAUAGUUGUUGCGAUUACUGCGAUUCUUCUUCAUCUGUUGUGGUUGAUGAAGAAGAUGCUGGGGAUAUUGCUUCUUCUUCGUUUCAGAAAACCAUGCUGCCCUUCGAUUUAAACAUGCCACCUCCGGUUGAUGAUUCUCCCAUAGGCGAUGACCUUCACUGCACAGAGCUUCGUCUUUGA